CUAAGAAUAAAAGUCCAAGUCUCCAACAUUGUGGUGGCAGAGACAGCUUUUCUGAAGAAAUUCCCUGCUUCAUUAGGGCGUGCUUUCACCAAAAGCUAGUUUCUCUCUCUACGUUUGUGCUCUUAAACCUCUAUCCUUGGGUCCUAUUUCAAACUGGAAAUCAACCUCUAAGAAUAUGAGUCGGCAGCCGGAGGUUCUUUGGGCGCAGCGGUCGGACAAGAUAUACCUCACCGUGUCUCUGCCGGACGCCAAGGACAUUUCAGUGAAGUGUGAAGCGGAGGGCUUCUUCAGUUUCUCUGCAGUUGGAGUCAAUGGCGAAUCCUUUAAUUUCACUCUCCAAUUGUACGGCAAUAUCGCUCCUCAGGGAUGUAAGACAAAGAUUGGUUUAAGGAAUAUACUCUGCUCCGUCCAAAAAGAGCAAAAGGGGUGGUGGAAAAGACUACUGAAAUCUGAAGAAAAGCCUGCUCCAUACAUUAAGGUUGAUUGGAAUAAAUGGUGCGACGAAGAUGAUGAAGAAUCAGAGUCAAAUCUGGCUUCUGAUGAUGAUAUUGUGUACACCGGUGAAAAUGAAGAGAGCAGCGAUGAUGAAGGGAUGCUUUAUCUUCCUGAUUUGGAGAAAGCUAGAGGUAAUUAGAGAAGACCAAGUGCAACUGACAUGCAAGUAACUUCAUCUGAAACCCUGAUCUAGACAUUUGGGCCUCCCCACAAGACUUAUCACAUAGAUUCUCCAUGUUUGUGCUUAUCUUCUACCUUUUAAGAGUUAUCCCAUGCAUACCUUCAAUGAGAUGAGCAGGCUUCUCAAUUUGGAGAUCAUAUUAUGUAUAGAGUUCUUGAUCUCAAUGUAACACAACAAACAAGUCCAUCUCCUCCAACAUUUGGUAGUAAUAGUAUGAUUUCUGACAGUCA